AUGAUGAUGGCAGUGCACUGAUCAUGAGUCUUCUGCUCUGUGAGGUCCCUCUGGCCAUGGGGUGGCUUGUUAACCCCCAGAUCUCUGACAGCUCAGACUUGGCAGCACGGUCAGCAUGGGCAGAGCAGCUGUCUCUGUCUCUACUCCCACCCUACUCCUUGUCCCCCGAUCACCCAGUGGAUCCCAAUAUGUGUAUCCAGAUCCUCCAUGAAUUUGCUAACAAUAGUGGCGAUCUGAGCAGCUGUUUGGCAAGCAUGGCAUGGCCCGUGCGGGUGUGCCAGCAUUGUUACAAGGAAUACGCACAAAUCAAAGCGACAAUGAACAAGAUCGGAAGUCCUCUGCAGAAUAGCAGCACAGUAAGUUGUGGAACCACACUGCUUCGCUCUGAUAGGGUUCAAGUUAUUGUUGCUCUUUAUAAUUUCUUUGAUGAUGUGUGGACUGCUUCAAAGUGUGCAAGUUGCUUGCAGACAGACGAACAACACAGAUGUACUGAAUACCACGGCUGAAUUUAUGAACUUAUUUGAUCAGUUGAUGCACUGUUUCAACAGCUCCUUGGGACCAGAUCAUGGCAAUUUUUCAAAUGUUUGCCGUCUUUGUAAUGGUAGCUACGGGCGUCUUAAUAAUCUGUACACUGUAUUAGAACAUGGCAACCAGCUGUGUAUCGAUUUAGAAGAUGCUAUGAACAGCACUCGUAGUCUUUGGAGUGGAGUUUUCAACUGCACAUUGCCCUGCACAGACACUGUUCCAGUGAUUGUAGUUACAGCAUUCAUCCUAUUCCUGCCUACCGUUUUCUACUUAGUUGCCAUCCUUCAUUCUGAGCAACGGAAGCGUAAACUGAUAGUAGCAAAGAGGUUAAAAUCGAAUGCUAACUUGGCACACUUACAGGAGGAAAGUAAUUGA